AUGGGCUAUCAAGAAUCGGUUCGCCUCCUUGGGUUCGGUGCAGUAUGUGGAGUAGUGCUGGGGGUGCCCGUGAGUCGCCGAUUCGGUUAUCCUGGAAACGAACGGUGCUGGGGUGAUGGCUAUGACUUCUUCUACUGCUGUGAGCUGAGUCCGGCCACUCGCGAGAGCUGUUGGAAGGGUGGCUGGACAUUCAAUGCGUGCUGUUUCUCGGAAAUUACAUGGGUGGUCGGAUUUCCUGGAAAUGUUUCUUGCUGGGACCCAGAUCCCGUGAAACAGCUGAGCUUUCAUCGCUGUUGCGACCGCUCAGUGGCGUCGCCACCGACGGGCCACUGUUGGCACGGGGGGCGAAGUUUCGCAACCUGUUGUUACCGUGAUCCUUACGUGCAAGAGCAUAUCCGGCUACCCAUUGAUCGUGCAGUACAACAUCCCGGCAAGCCAGAUUGCUGGACCAAAGAAUUCGAUUUCGAUAUAUGUUGCAAUGAGCAGCUACGAGCCCAAGACUCUAUGCAUUUCUGCUGGGAUGAUGUGCACACGUUCGAGAGCUGCUGCUUUCGCCUCUUGUCUGACAGCGAUCCGCAACGAGGCAGCUUCAUCGCCGGGCUGGCUCAUGGCGCGUCGAGCAAUGCUAAAGGCAUAGGGGAGUUUCUGGAAGUGGCACAUUCCAUCCUUCCGGAUGGUCGGCCAGCGUCCGACAUAGUAGCUGGUGCAUUUGUUGCAUCAAAAGGAUGGACGUAUCACGUCCCAUUGGGUAUUUACCUCGCCCCUCUGCGGGACUUGCCCGUGAAGGUAUUGGAGAUUGGGCUGGGCUGCGGUACGGGGCAGUCGCCAUCACGAGAACCCGGUGACGAUUUCUGGAAAGACUACGACACCAAGGCUGCGGAAGGUGGUGGAUUCCCACCAGGCGGCAGUUUGCAGAUAUGGCAGAAGUGGUUUCGCCAUCCUGAUGUGCAGUUGUGGUCCGCAGAGCUUGAGCCCAAAUGUGUCGCGAAUGCAAUGAGCGCUGGCUUGAAAUUCAACUUGUUGAUGGGAGACCAAUCGGACCCGGAAACACUCCGACACUGGAUUCAAACGGCUGGUGGACACUUUGACGUGGUGGUCGACGAUGCUGCACACUCGAAUGCCGCCACACGGACAGCCUUCCAGGCCCUGUGGCCGCAUGUCCAGCCUGGAGGGAUCUACAUCAUAGAAGAUUUGGUCUGGAGCCGCAACCCUCGAGUGCAAGGCGCCAAAAACAAAGAAGUAAUGCCUUUUGUCGACACCAUCAAGGAAUGGAUUGAUCAGCUGCUCAUCGACCCGGCCCAGACCUUUAGUGGAACUUCCGAUGGGAGGUUUGAAGAAUCACGACUCGGAUCGUCACAAGCUGAGGUGAUCAAAAAGCGCUUCCCUGAGCUUCUCAGCAAAGACAAUGUCUACCGCGUGCAGGACCCUCUGCCCGGGCAGGCAAGCAUCGUGAGCAUCUGCGUUGGUUUCCAAGGUAAAACAGCUGCCGGCUCAAUGUCAUUGCUCUCGGGCGCUGGAGUGCCGAGGCUGCUACGUUUGUCCGCCUGCUUGCAAGGGCUGCUGAUUGAGCUUACGGGGUGGGGCUUGGCUGAGCUUCAAGCUUCUCAAUCAGCCCUCAGUCUUGUGAGUCAGAUCUCACACGCCGCUUCAACAGCAGAUGCGUCAAAAGUUUGUCCAGUCUCCAUCAUCGCGGUCUUCGUGCCGAAGCAAACUGCGGUUCAAGCGAUGGCGAAUUGGACGCGAUGCUGUUGUGUCGCGUCAUUCGCACUCUUGCUGCUUUGGGCACGGUUCGCUGAUGCUGCUCCAGUGACCCCAUGCUUGCCGCAUGCGAUACCAGAGUCGGCCAGAAAGAACGUGGUCGUCGAUGGCGAAUCAAUGCCUCUUGGCAUUUGGACAUCAUCUUUCGAUUCCGCAACGAUCGUGAGCAAGAUCUACGAGAUUAUUGCCCAAGAGCGUCUGGGCUUCAACACCAUCAUGGACUUCGGAAACACAAGCAGAAUGCAGGUGUUCAAGCUUGCCGGGUGCGAUCACGACUCAGUCGAGAUGACGAAUGUAAGAAACUGUGGUCCACCCCGUCGCUUCCAUAUCUCCAUGGAGUUCUGGUAUGCGGCGUCGCCCUGGUGGAGCUCCUGGGCUCGGGAGAUCGGCGGGCACGCGCCGGUGAACCUCGGGAGCAUUGGCUACCAAGGAAAGGAAGGCCUUUACGUGAUGGAGGCAGCGCUGCAGAAAGCCUUGGAAGGUCGAGGUCUCGCGCUGGAGUACUACCGCUCCUACAAUGCCUCAUGGUUUUAUCCGGCUCGCUACGCCUCAGUGGUAUCAGAUGUGGACCUGAAUAAGCUGCAAGCAUGCGCAGACAGUGUGGAGGGCUACUUUCCGGAUCUCGGCACGGUGUACUUCGCUUCGACCGGCGAUGCCGACGGUGUGGAACAGGUGAACGGAACGACGAGGCUCAAAUGCUGGCAGCAGAAGUGGUGGCCUGCACCUGCCUGUCGGCACAAUGUGCCCGGCUGUGUUGCGGUUGUAUCUGGUGGUGUGGGUUGGGGUUGGCCUGAGAUGAUUCAGCAGGCAUUCUUCCACAACAUGCCUCUAGCUUUUGCCACGGCGCAGCAUGGGCCUGAGAAUUACUACGUUUCCCUCAACCGUCAAUUGCAGAGCUUGCUCUACUGGUGGAUGCCCGACACGACAUUCAACUUGGAGAAUCCUUCGCUGGUCAUCUUCCCACCCAACAGCCCCGCGGAGUACGCAAAGCAGAUUUUCAAGACUCAGCAGGACAACGUCAACUUGACCAAAUGGGCAGCUGUUGGCAUGGAAGCCAGUGCAGAUCGAGCAGUGGCGCUCGCCAGGAAUCUCUUCAUUACCAACGACGAGAUUUCUCAAAUCCUGGCGCAGCACGUGUCAGCUGCUGAUCCCUGGCAGACUGCUUGCAACUGGCUGAGGGGGACGUCUGUGUGGAUGUCCUGGCUGCCGACUGCCUGCACUGCGGGACAGGGUUUGGUCAACUCCUCCGGCCAUUGGGUGCUAGACCGAUCACUCGCCGUCGGCUGCCAGGCCUGCCCAGCAGAAACCAGGUCAGUAGAGCAGGGCUCCACGCGAGUAUGCCUGCGGUGUGCGGGAGGCGAUUCCAUCGACAUUCCCUGCGAGCCUAGAAAAUCUGAAGCUCAGGAUGACAGUAUGAAGCCGGAAGAGGCAAGCCAACAGAGCCAGGCUGCAGGUUUCUCUGAGAGCCGCAUGGCCUCGGCAAGCACGGACACGGACCCACCGUUAGGCAAUGCGACAGAGCCGGUGUUCUUCUUUUACUCGUGGCCAUAUAUGCUGCAGCUGCCGUUGCUGACCCGCUGUGGCAGCGAUGCUGUUGACUUGAGGCGGCUUUGCGCCACCAACAUCAGCGAGGAAUACUGCGUGUUGGUUCAUCGCCGUCCAGGCUACGCCAAGGAGCAGAAACAAAAUGUAGUUCCUGCAUUGGCCGGUUGCAGCUGUGCAAAUGCGGCAUUGGAGGCGGAGCAAGGAGACAUCAGUUGGAAUUUUCAGCAGCUCUCGCAUGUGACAUUCCUUCGCCUGCAGCUGGCUAAGCACUCUUUUCUCCAUUGGUCAGGGCCAGGGAACGAGGUGCUACAAUACAGAGAUGUGGUCUUUGGCACGCCUCACUCUGCCAUGGGUUUUAUUGGCCACCCCUCCUUGCUGGAGCUACUGCGAAGGUGGGCCUAUUAUGAGGAGGCUUCCCUGGCAAACGCCGAAAAAGGCGAAAGCUUCGAGUGCUCCGGCCAGGCCGAUUGCCAAGUGAAGCGAUUCUUAACAGUCCUGGAAUGGCUGAUGGUUGCCCGGCUUCUCGGUCCAACAGUUAAGCUGCACAUCCU